AUGUUUCCUGGGCUGGCCGCCGCGGAAUUUGACACAGGUUUGAGGAAAUUGAUGGCACCCACGCGACACAGCCACUCUGGUGCACUGCCAGCACUCCCAACCAGCAGUGAGCACAUCUGUCCCUCCCUCUUCGCUCUAAUCGCGUGUUUCGACCUGUUCUUCACGGAUUUACGCGCCGGCUAUCCCAUGCCAGAGUCUGGGGAAGGGUUCGCUUUCUACCUAAAGAUCAAGAGAGCGAUAGAGGAGGAGAAACAGAAGACAGGGAAACACCCAAAUGGCCGGCUACAGAUAUACUCGUCCACCUUUGCCAUAGGCACCCGAGAUCGUGCAUGGGGGAGCAUCACGGUGGACACCUCCGAGUACAACGAGUCCCUUGAGCCCCUAGACCCAUCAUUUACCCCCAACCCACAUGACCUCGUCCGAGCGAAACGAGGUGUCGUUUCAGACGACUGCAGGUACCUGGUUGAGAAGCCUCUCGUACCAGGUCCUUUGCACGUCGCUGUUCGUGGCAAGGCGGUCUACCUCGCAGGUGGUUAUCACGGUUUAGCCAUCCACUUUGGCCUCGAGUCCUCCGUUAUUAUCCUAACACCGGCCGAACUGGCUGAGAUCACGGCCAACAGCAUCCCUGGAACCAACAGCUCCAAGGGGAAGGCAAAGAAGCUCAGGUCCUUCGUCUUGCCCUCUCGAUUCAUCGUCGAGGGCUCAGACCAGACUGUGAAGAAGACCAAGGAUGGACAGAAGUAUCUGGAGCCCAUUCCGAAGCAGCGUACUGUCAAUAUCAUGGCAGCCUUUGUGACGGAUCACUUUGCUGUCGCUAUCUGUGAUUUCGCUCGCCUUGCUCGCUUCCAUGUCACCAGCCUUGGUCGCAUGUGGACUGCGGAAGACCUCGCCGUUGGAUCUGAGAUGUGGCCACGCCUUUGGGCUCCAUUCCCUGAUGGCCCUGACUGGGUCUUGGAGCGACCGCAGGCGGAGGCAGCACUUGCUAAGUGGCAAGAGUCUGUACUAAGCCGGGGCAGUGACCAGCUCAUCGUGGAUGCGAUUUGUGAUAACUCCAACAUGGCGUUUGGAGGGUUUGGUCGUCAUUUGGCUAAUGACUUCCUCUAUACCGUCGCUAUCCAUCCAGGGCUGUCGUCCUACUAUGUCUGUUCUGACCCGUCCAUGUGGACUCGUCUGCGCGAUGGGAUAGCUCCUUACAUGGAGCAAUGGCGUUCAGAUAAGUUCAUCAGGCAAUGUGUCACUACUCCCAACAGCGACAACCCAUUUGCAUUCAACUACAACUCCAACACCAACUAUCUCAAGACAUGGACCAAGGUGAUGAACAAGAAGUGGGUCAACGUACCGUUACACCUAUACAAUCUAUAUGUCUCUCAAGGGUAUCUGGAUCCUAACCAUGUCAUCGGAACGCCGUACCUCUCCACACAGCCUUCCCAGUUGCAGGCCAAUCCCAGAGGAUUCAAGGUUGUUCCAGUUCGUCAGUACCGGAAUGGCUCAACAGAGUUCUGGACCAUCAUUACUGCUCGCCCACCUGAUGGAGAGUAUUGGUCUUUAAGUACCAACUAUAUCAAGGACUACCAGACUAAAGGAAAGCAGACCACACUGGGGCCGGCCUCCUUUCGCGAAACUAUCUCUAAUGUCGUGGUACCUGAAGUGAAGAGGCUUAUGGGGGCAAAGAAGGGUAGGCCUCGUAAGAUCCGAACUGGAAAGCCUGGAAGACCUGUGUCUACCAGCCAGAAUAAGCUCCAACAUUUUCCCAAGCGUUUGUUGGCCAAUAAGGAGAACCGCGAGCCUACAUCGAGAGCUAUGUUAGAGCAUGGUGUUGAACAGGUUAUUGGUAACCUAACCUCUCCCAGGAAGACAAGGUCCAGAGUAGCUAGAAAUAAUUAA